AUGAGAUGGGUUCCGCUCUACAGCGGCGGUGCCCUAGUGGCUGAAAUUCUCUCUUCAGCGAUCGUUACGGAGAUUCCUAAAGAGCUAAGGACACAAACUGACGAAUUUGAAUGUUUCUCUACUAACGGCAUACCGCAAGAGAUUGCACCGCGACUCCAAACCUAUACAAUGUUGGUCCACUUCCAAGGACUUCGGCAAAUACAGCGAAAACCCUUUGAAUCUUUAAAACAACUGCGCGCCGUAGUAGCGAUCGGGGAUACGAGUAUUGUGAGCGGUCUGUCUGGCAGGAUUAACGGCUACAGUAUGAAUUUCCCAGGAGAAGUCGACAGCACAUCAGUGGAUCUUCCUCUUGAAACGUACUAUUGGCCAUCAAUCAUUGUUAAACUGAUGGACUGCUCCAGUGCCAGGCAACAGAGAAUGGUGGGAAUAGCCAUCAUUAAGAAUCCAAAGCAGUUCAUUCAAUCCGUAACAUCAGCUUUUGCAAAGAAUCUUCCGCGAGAUGCUACAACAAUCGAUAUGUCGGCGGUUGAAAACCGCCCCCUUGGUGCCCCUGGAGGCUUGGGCCUCGACACCACUUGGUGGAGCAAGUUCUACAAGAGUUUACAGCGCGAUGAAACGGGGCCGUCAUUAAUGAUAUUUGAUAGAGAGCUCGAGAAUGUUGGUAAGUUUUCUGCAUUCAAGGAUUGGAGUCAUAGCUUUGCACUGCAAAAAGUCAAACACUCCGCUCGCCCAGAGCCUUCUCCCGAUCUUUACGCGAUAAUGAAGUGUAAGAUAUCGCUGAUACCCACCGAUGGAACAGUAGGAUUCAAACCACCGACCAUGAUGGCAUCGUCUGCGGUCACAAGCAUCGUAGUUGUGGUGUACGUAGUCCAAGCAUUAAACCUUACUUCGCGCGACAUCAUGUCCGAUUCGGAUGCGUACAUUUUCCUUUCAUUUGGUGACCAGUGCGUUCGCGAUCGGGCUUACUACGUUCCCAACCAAGCAUCCCCCGUGUUUGGACGCCGUUUCGAGUUGAAGGGAACACUUCCAAGGGAUCAAAUGCUAAAGCUUUCCAUCUAUGACCGUGAUUACGCCACACCGGACGAUCUCAUCGGCAGUACGUACAUCGAUAUCGAGGAUCGCCACCACAGCCAGCACCGGCCAGGUUUUGGGCUACCGAAGGUGUACAACACCGUCGGCCACAACCAGUGGCGACACCAGCAGAAACCAUCUCAAAUGCUGAAAGCCUACCUUUGCCAACACAACCUUCCGGAGCCGGUGAUCGAUGGGGAUAGGAUUGUUAUCGGUUCGAUCGAGCUAAAGGCCACCGAACUGGAUCCGUAUGAAUCGCAGGUGGAGCAGCUGUGCCUACUGGCAUUACGCAACCUAGAACGCAUUCCCGGUGGACACUGCUUGACACCGGAGCACGUCGAAACGCGUUCACUGUAUCAUCCGUCCCGAGGUGGCAUCGAGCAGGGCAAAGUUCAGCUGUGGGUCGAGGUGUACGAACCGAACGAACCGCAUCCACGCCCACUCGAUAUCACACCCCAGCCACCCCAACCGUACGAACUGCGGCUAAUCGUUUGGAACACGGCGGCCGUAGUGUUGGAGGAGCGGAACAUCUUCGGCACCGAGAUGAGUGACAUCUACGUCAAGUGCUGGCUGCAAGAGUUAGCGGAAGCCCAACGCACCGACGUUCAUUAUCGGUCACUCACCGGAGAGGGCAACUUCAACUGGCGCAUGAUAUUUCCGUUUCGCUACUCACCCGCCGACGGUAUGAUGGUGAUCCGCCGGAAAAAGGCCUUCUACGAGCAAUUCGAUACCGAGCUGAAGUUUCCACCGGUGCUGACGGUGCAAAUUUGGGAUAAUGAUUCCUUUUCGGCGGAUGACUUUCUCGGGACGCUCGAGCUCAACCUGGCACGGUUACCGGUGCCGGCCCGGACUGCCGAUCGGUGCGGUAAACCACCACCUUCCCGCCAAGGCCUAUCAUUGCCACGAUCGGCAAGGAACGACGGCAAUCGGGAACGUUUCAUCAACCUUUUCGAUCGGGAGCAGCAGCACCAGUCAGUACGAGGAUGGUUCCCGCUGUACGGACAUCACGUUCGCCGGCGGUCCAGCGAAAGUCGCAGACAGCGGAUGGCACCGCCGACUGCCGGCACGCGUAACGAUGACAACACGCCACGUGGUAUCACAAUGACGGGAAAAAUCGAGCUGGAACUGGAGUUGCUGAGCCAGCAGGAGGCCAGCCAGAGCCCGUGCGGUAUGGGCCGCAAGUCACCGCAACAGCUUCCCGAACCAGCAAGGCCGGAAAUAUCGUUCCACUGGUUGCAACAACCGGGGAAAACAUUCCAGAGGUUGCUGUGGCCACGGGUCCGCAAAUCGGCGCUCUACGUCGGUGCCAUCGUCGCCAUCGUUUUGCUGCUGUACGGCCUACUGGUCAAUCUGCCGUCUCUGCUGUUGUUUCCCGCAUCCUCAAGGUCGUCGACGAUUGUGGUCAACGAGUCCAGAGCGUCUGUCUUGUCGGCUCAGCAGCAAGCAGAAGCUGCCCCAAAUCGUUAG